AUGGCAAGAACCAAGCAGACCGCUCGUAAAUCCACCGGAGGCAAAGCCCCCAGGAAGCAGCUGGCCACCAAGGCUGCCCGUAAGAGUGCCCCGGCCACCGGCGGAGUAAAAAAGCCCCAUCGUUACAGGCCCGGUACCGUGGCUCUCAGAGAGAUUCGUCGUUAUCAGAAAUCCACCGAGCUGCUGAUCCGCAAGCUGCCCUUCCAGCGCCUGGUCAGAGAGAUCGCUCAGGACUUCAAGACCGACCUGCGCUUCCAGAGCUCCGCUGUCAUGGCUCUGCAGGAGGCCAGCGAGGCUUACCUAGUCGGCCUGUUCGAGGACACCAACCUGUGCGCCAUCCACGCCAAGAGGGUCACCAUCAUGCCCAAAGACAUCCAGCUGGCCCGCCGCAUCCGUGGAGAGAGACAGCACAGCCUGGAUGUUGGGCAGCACACCACCCUGAGCAAUGGUCACUCCACCCAACAGCUUGUUGAGCUCCUCGUCGUUGCGGACAGCCAGCUGCAAGUGACGGGGGAUGAUCCUGGUCUUCUUGUUGUCUCUGGCAGCGUUUCCAGCCAGCUCCAGGAUCUCAGCGGUCAGGUACUCCAGCACAGCCGCCAGAUAGACGGGGGCACCGGCACCGACACGCUGGGCAUAGUUGCCCUUCCUCAGAUGCCUGUGGACACGACCGACAGGGAACUGGAGCCCAGCUCUGGAGGAAGAAAAAUGGCAAGAACUAAACAGACCGCUCGUAAAUCCACCGGAGGCAAAGCCCCCAGGAAGCAGCUGGCCACCAAAGCUGCCCGUAAGAGUGCCCCGGCCACCGGCGGAGUGAAGAAGCCCCAUCGUUACAGGCCCGGUACCGUGGCUCUUAGAGAGAUUCGUCGUUACCAGAAAUCCACCGAGCUGCUGAUCCGCAAGCUGCCUUUCCAGCGCCUGGUCAGAGAGAUCGCUCAGGACUUCAAGACCGACCUGCGCUUCCAGAGCUCCGCUGUCAUGGCUCUGCAGGAGGCCAGCGAGGCUUACCUGGUCGGCCUGUUCGAGGACACCAACCUGUGCGCCAUCCACGCCAAGAGGGUCACCAUCAUGCCCAAAGACAUCCAGCUGGCCCGCCGCAUCCGUGGAGAGAGAGCUUAA